AUGACCAAUUUGUCCAAUGGCCCCAAUUUGUCCAAUGGCCCCAAUUUGUCCAAUGGCCCCAAUUUGUCCAAUGGCCCCAAUUUGUCCAAUGGCCCCAAUUUAUCCAAUGGCCCCAUCUUCCGAUCCCUGGAGAGUCACCCCAACGAUACUGUCACCACCAACAAUACUGUCACCACCAACGGUACUGUCACCCCCAACGGUACUGUCACCACCAACGGUACUGUCACCACCAACGGUACUGUCACCACCAACGAUACUGUCACCACCAACGGUACUGUCACCCCCAACGGUACUGUCACCCCCAACGGUACUGUCACCACCAACGGUACUGUCACCCCCAACGGUACUGUCACCACCAACGGUACUGUCACCACCAACGGUACUGUCACCACCAACAAUACUGUCACCACCAACGGCACUGUCACCACCAACGGCACUGUCACCCCCAACGGUACUGUCACCCCCAACGGUACUGUCACCCCCAACGGUACUGUCACCCCCAACGGUACUGUCACCACCAACGGUACUGUCACCCCCAACGGUACUGUCACCCCCAACGGUACUGUCACCACCAACGGUACUGUCACCACCAACGGUACUGUCACCACCAACGGUACUGUCACCACCAACAAUACUGUCACCACCAACGGUACUGUCACCACCAACGGUACUGUCACCACCAACAAUACUGUCACCACCAACGGUACUGUCACCACCAACGGUACUGUCACCACCAACGGUACUGUCACCACCAACGGUACCGUCACCACCAACGGUACCGUCACCACCAACAAUACUGUCACCACCAACGGUACUGUCACCACCAACGGUACUGUCACCACCAACGGUACUGUCACCACCAACGAUACUGUCACCACCAACGGUACUGUCACCACCAACGGUACUGUCACCACCAACGGUACUGUCACCACCAACGGUACUGUCACCACCAACGGAACUGUCACCACCAACGAUACUGUCACCACCAACGGUACUGUCACCACCAACGGUACUGUCACCCCAACGGUACUGUCACCACCAACGGUGCUGUCACCACCAACGGUACUGUCACCACCAACGAUACUCUCCCACCGGUACGAUAACUCGACCGUCUGA